AGCUUUGCUGAGACCCUCCUACUUCUAUAGCAUAAAAUCCAAAGACAGCUAGUGCUUCACUUUCCAUAGUGGUCACUUUCUAGACAGCUGUCUUCCAGGAAUAGUUACAAGAACUCACUUAAACACACGGCUGCAGGAUAACUUUCUUUGUGUGUGUGUGCGUAUAUAAGACACCUUGAAGGAACUGAAAGGUUUGAAAGGAUACUGCCAUUCAAACCAACAAAAAUACAAUGAAGAUCUAUGCAGUUGUGCUUGUCCUAGUGCUUUCCCUGAUUUGUUUUGGGGAGCUGCAGGCUUCCCUGCUUCGAACUCGCAGGGAACUUAAACCUCCCCUACAUUAUCAUGGUAUACGUGACCCUAAUGGCUCAUACUGUGAGCGCCGGGGAGGCUGCUGUCCAGGUCGAGAUGACACCUGUAUUAUGAAAUAUAUGGAUACCAUCUGCUACUGUGACCUCUUCUGCAAUCGCACCAUUUCAGAUUGCUGUCCAGACUUUUGGAGAAAAUGCCUAGGAAUACCUCCUCCACCACCACCACACACCAAUGGAAAGGUUUGCCAUCGAAAUGGACAGCAGUACACUUUAGGAGCAACAUAUAAGGAGAAUUGUAACAUGUGUACCUGUACUGACCAAGGCUUGUGGACUUGUGAGCAGAAUGUCUGUCUGAUUGAUACUGAAAUGAUCAACUCCAUUAACUCAAGAGACUAUGGGUGGAAAGCAGGCAACUACAGCCAGUUUUGGGGCAUGACUCUGAACGAAGCCAUUUCCUACCGACUGGGGACAAAAAAACCCUCCAGUACAGUUAUGAACAUGCAUGAAGUGCAGAUGGACAUGGGAACUGAAUUUCUGCCUCGCUAUUUCAAUGCAGCAGAGAAGUGGCCAGGAUUGAUACAUGAACCCUUGGACCAAGGAAACUGUGCAGCCUCUUGGGCUUUCUCCACUGCAGCUGUUGCCUCAGACAGGAUAUCCAUUCAGUCCAUGGGACACAUGACACCACUACUGUCUCCUCAGAAUCUGAUUUCCUGUGACACUCGCAACCAAGCAGGUUGCAAUGGUGGCCGAAUUGAUGGAGCUUGGUGGUACCUGCGCAGAAAAGGGAUUGUGACAGAAGAGUGUUACCCAUUCACUGGCCUACACACAGCUGCGGGCUCUCAUGGCAAUCGCUGUAUGGUGCAAACCGGCUCUGUAGGCCGGGGGAAGAGACAAGCCAUCACUCACUGCCCUAAUGCACAGUCUUCAUCUAACGAGAUCUACAAGACCACUCCUCCCUACAGGCUCUCAUCAAAUGAAAAGGAGAUAAUGAAGGAGAUCAUGAAGAAUGGGCCUGUACAAGCUAUCAUGGAGGUCCAUGAGGAUUUCUUUAUUUACAAAAGUGGGAUCUAUCGACACGUUCCACUGAAUGAGAACAAACCACCACAAUACAAGAAGCAUGGAACUCACUCAGUGAGAAUCAUUGGAUGGGGUGAAGAGUGGGGACUCAAUGGAGAGACUCUUAAAUACUGGAUCGCUGCCAACUCUUGGGGAAAGAACUGGGGAGAAAAUGGUUAUUUUAAGAUUGCCCGAGGAGAGAAUGAGUGCCAGAUUGAAGCAUUCGUCAUUGGCGUAUGGGGCCAUGUCACCAUGGAGGAUAUGCAUCACCACCAUAAAUGAGCCAGCAGUGAACAGCUAUUACAAAAACCAUUCAAAGGCCAACUACACACCUUUCUUGGACCACUGUGUUGUUUUCAAAAUGCAGCAAAAAACUCAGGAUCUCCUAAAACACCAAUUCCAAACAUGUGAACAUGUCUUUUGUUUUCUGUAUCUAGGAGUUCAGCCUUUUUUAUUAAUGUAAAAGCUAUAUUUAAUAACCAUUCCGAAUAGAUGUCUGACUUUCUUCAGUGGGUUGACAAGGGUGGUUUGAUAUUAAUUUUUGCGGAUGCUCAGAUUUUGAUUGCCUAUUGGUUUAUAAUGAGGAAUUAAUGUAGUUAUUAAGGGCUGUUCCACAGUCACAAACAGAUUACUACAAAGUAAUGCUCAGUUCUGUAAGACAGUUCACCAAGUGGUGGGCUCUGCAACCUUGCUUUAGUAUUGUGACUAAAAGAUAUUCAUCACUGAUACACUGUAUUGGCUAAUACAUUUCAGCCUUGAAAGGUGCAUCCCUACUGGGUAAACACUGGCAGAGUAUCAGUAGGAUCAAAGUUUGUAUUCGUGAAGAGAACUGGGAUGGGAAGGGGGAGUUUGAAAUGGUACUCUCACAUUAGCUUUGAUGGCUGGGAUCUUAGGAGUAAUAAAUAUGUGUGAAUAAAUGUGUGAUAGUUGUACUGUACAUAAACCAUUCCACCUACUUGUCAACCAAGAAGAUUUCUUUGUUUAAUAUAUUCUAAAAAGUCUUAAAAUAUAUUUUGUCUGCUUGAAUUUAAAUCUAUUUUUUUAUUUUGUAAGACUGGGCUGUGUAAAGCAGCAUGUGAUUCUUGGAAACUUUCUAAUAUAAGAGUCACAUUAAGUCCUUUCAAUGCAAAGGUGGACGAUAAAAAAUAAAGAAAAGCCAAAAUGGAAAGAUGUUAUUACCUGAAAGUUAGGCUCUCUGGUCUGAAAAAAACAAAAUCAAAACCUCUCCAAUUCCACAUUAAGUCUCAUUAUAUCUGCUAAAUAAAAUUUGUCAUCAAUGUGCAAACCUUAAA